AUGGUGCAGCAGCGGGGCGCGAGGGCCAAGCGGGACGGCGGGCCGCCGCCCCCGGGGCCCCGGCCGGCUGAGGAGGGGGCGCGCGAGCCCGGCUGGUGCAAGACGCCGAGCGGCCACAUUAAGAGACGGAUGAACGCAUUCAUGGUGUGGUCGCAGCACGAGCGGCGGAAGAUCAUGGACCAGUGCCGAGAUCUCCAAGCUCCGAGGCAGGACUCGGAGAAGAUCCCGUUUGUGCGGGAGGCGGGGCGGCUGCGCCUCAAGCACAUGGCGGAUUACCCGGACUACAAGUACCGGCCGCGCAAAAAGAGCAAGGGGGCGCUCGCCAAGGCGCGGCCCCGCCCCCCCGGCGGUGGCGGUCCCGGCAGCCGGCUCAAGCCCGAGCCGCAGGUGCCUGGCCGCGGGGGCCGCCGAGCAGCGGGCGGGCCUUUGGGGGGCAGCGCGGCGGCGCCCGAGGACGACGACGAGGAGCUGCUGGAAGUGCGCCUGGUCGAGACCCCGGGAAGGGAGCUGUGGAGGAUGGUCCCGGCGGGUGCCCGGGGACCAGCGGAGCGCGCCCAGGGGGCGUCGGGCGAGGGGGUGGCUGUCACCGCCGCCUCCCCCACUCCGUCGGAGGACGAGGAGCCGGAGGAAGAGGAGGAAGAGGCGGCGGCGGCGGAGGAAGGCGAAGAGGAGACGGUGGCGUCGGGGGAGGAGCCGCUGGGCUUUCUGUCCAGACUGCCCCCCGGUCCCGCCGGCCUGGACUGCAGCGCCCUGGACCGCGACCCGGACCUGCCGCCCCCCUUGGGCACGUCGCAUUUCGAGUUCCCGGACUACUGCACCCCCGAGGUUACCGAGAUGAUCGCGGGGGAUUGGCGCCCGUCUAGCAUCGCCGACCUGGUUUUCACCUACUGAGCCCACCGUCAGCGGGGUGCGCACGCCCCCAAACCAGCUGUUUACAUACAGGAAUCAGAAAAACAACAACAAAAAGACAAUGAAAAAACCCAGAAAACGUCAUGUGAGUGAAGAGAUGUCACUGUCUGUGGUCUUGGAGAACGUCUAGUAGUUGAGGGGAGGGAUCCCUCUGAUCUGGGGCACUGGCACCCACAGCAGGACUCCGCCAGCCUGAUGCCAGGACUGAAUAAAGUGUAUUUGCCCCGACAAAAAAAAAAAAAAAUCACUUCAGUCACCCCUGGAGGUGGUACUAUCCCCAACUUAUUUGUAGCUCUCUUUAGAAAGUGAAGUCUCUUUGUCCUUGCUUUAAAUUUGAGGCAUGAGGAAAAGUCCCAUUGGAAUCCAGUUAAAGCUCCAAAGGGAGCUCUGCUUGAGCUGGACCCCCAGCACAGAAGUCACAACUCUAGAAGACAUUUACUGAGGGGACCACACUUCCUAUUUCACAAAGGGAGGAAAGAAACCAACCAAAGCAUCACCUCUCAGGGGCUGUGCAGACCCUUGUGGGCAGAUGGGACAUCAGAGGCAGAAAUGGCUGAGGGAAGACUAGAACUAAUGAAAGAAAUGAUCCACAGGAUGAUAUGGACGAGAGGAGCAAAAAAAUAAGAGAUGGGAAGAUGAUGGGAAUAGAAAAUGAGAUGACAGAAUUUGGGAAAGGGAGAAGAUGGUGGAGGAGAGGAGAGACUAGAGGCUGGGGUCAGGGAGGAGACUGCGCAAAGAAAGAGACUGGGCCACAGCUGGCCCAGCAGGAGCACAGCAGGAGAGGCCCUGCAGCUGGUGAAUGAGAAUAAGGGCUUGUGGUUACCACUUUGCAGCUGAUGCAGGUGACUCUGGGCUAAAUCUGUCCCCUUUCCCACCAUGCAGUCUUCUGAGGGAUCAGCAGGUAGGGAGAGGGGAGAGCACACCUCUCUGGGUGCCACUUUAACAAGUGCACUUGAACAUAGCCCCAAGGCCCUGGAGGAGGUUGAUCCUGUUACUCCUCGAUAAGAAGUAAGGAUGAAGGAUGGGACCUUUCUAAGAUAGCUUUGAUCUCAGCGAGAAUUGUGUAGAAUUAACAGGGUCAAAGAAGCCAUUUAAAUCCAAAUCCCUGGGGCGCCUGGGUGAUUCAGUUGUUAAGUAUCUGCCUUGGGCUCAGGUAAUGAUCUCAGGGUCCUGGGAUAAAGCCAGAGCCCCCAGUCCGGCUCCCUGCUCAGAGGGAAGUCUGCUUCUCCCUUUCCCUCUGCCCCUCCCCACCGCCAUGCACACGGGCCCUCUCUCUCACUCAAAUAAAUAAAAUCUUAAAUCCAAAUCCCUAAUGAACAGUUUAGAAAGAUUUCUUCUUCCAGUACCCAUCCCCAUUCCUUAAAGGAGUGCAUUCAGGUAAAUUGCUCAGCACAGAGCCAGGCACGUUGAUGACAUCAGUCAAUGUUAGCUCUCAUUAAGCAGCUCCCAGUACCCAGUAUGGCCCAGUGCUCAGGAAAUAUGGGUGGGGAAUGAAUAAGCUCAUUGGUCAAAGGGUCCAGGUCUAAUUUAGUGGUCCAGAUCCCACCACCAGGGCCAGAUAUGAAGGCUGAAUUCUCUCACUUCUCAGGAGCUCUUGGUCUUGCAAACCUUCUGUGUGUCACCUUGUGUUGCCUUCUGGGACGAGCUGGUCCCUGGUGACAUAGUGGUACACCUGGGGAUCGUGGGAACCCGGGAGGAACCACUGGACGUUUUAACUUGAGAAGGGAAGGAGUGUGGUGUCCAGGAGCAGAACAGGGCAGGAAGUGGGAGAAAACCAAGUCUCUUGGACAGGCCUAGAACCAGGGAGCUCAGGGACAUCUUGUGCCUUACGGCUCAAAAAAUGGUCUGUGGACUUAUUCCGCUCAGCAUAACACCCUCCAGUUCCAUCCACGUCGUUGCAAAUGGCAAGAUCUCAUUCCUUUUGAUGGCUGCAUAAUAUUCCAUUGUGUAUAUAUACCUCAUCUUCUUUAUCCAUUCG